GUUCUAUCAUCUCGAUACCUGCUUUUGCCCACUGAAUGACGAACUCGCGCUGUGGUAUCCGAAAGCGUUUGAUCCAGUCUGUCAGCAUAAUUUGGCUAACUACGUUGAAUUGUUACCGGUUCAUGAGAACGAAGCGAAACAGUUUGCCUGCAAUGCCGUUGUCAUCGGUAAGAACGUGAUAAUGAACGAAGGAAGUGAACGAGUAGCAGC